GCGUAUCAUUCGGGCGCCUUCGCAGCUCCGUGUCGAUGAGCCGAAUCAGGGCAUGGCAAGGAUGGUUACCCACGAAUCAUGAGCAGUGGGAAGAAGGGCCCCGGGGGCCCGAAAGAGGAACGGCCGAAGCCAGCCUCGAAAGAAGAGAGCCCCGCAGGUUCGGGGACCAGGGAUGAAGGCCAAGGUUCGUCCGGGCCCCCGAGCAAUGGUGUCCCCAGCGCCGAACCGUCCCAGCCGAGCAGCAAACCAGGCUCGGCCGGGGCGACCGCGCGAGAGGCUGCCCAGCGACUCAUGGGGGUGGCGACUCGGGGCGAGUGGGCAGCCGCCGACCAGCUACUCAAGACCCUUGAGAAGGUCUCACAAAAUCAACAGGAGGAUGUGACGUUCGCGCCUCUCGCCGGACUCAUUGACGCGCAAACGGGCAUGACACCACUUAUGUAUGCAGUAAAGGAUAACCGUACUGCAUUUCUCGAUCGAAUGAUCGAACUUGGCGCGGACAUCGGAGCACGUAACAAUGAUAAUUACAAUGCCCUGCACAUCUCGGCGAUGUUCUCGAGAGAGGACGUCGUUAAACUUCUGCUUUCUAAGAGGGGCGUCGAUCCUUACGCGCCCGGAGGACCCAGACAACAGACUGCAGUUCACCUCGUGGCAUCAAGACAGACGGGAACUGCAACGUCUAUUCUUCGAGUCCUUCUGGCUGCGGCAGGACGGGACAUCCGUCUGAAAGCAGAUGGUAAAGGUAAAAUCCCGCUUCUUUUGGCCGUGGAAGCGGGCAACCAGUCGAUGUGCCGGGAAUUGUUGUCCCAACAAGCUCCUGACCAAUUAAAGGCGACGACGCCAUCCGGCGACACGGCAUUACACCUGGCUGCUCGUCGCCGAGACGUCGAUAUGGUCAGGAUACUCGUCGACUAUGGGGCCUCGGUCGACAUGCAAAACGGCACCGGACAAACGGCAUUGCACAUCGCAAGUGCCGAAGGCGACGAGACUCUCGUUAAAUACUUUUACGGGGUGCGAGCCUCGGCCGCCAUAACCGAUGACCUGGACCGGACGCCAAUGCACUUGGCAGCCGAGAAUGGACACGCGUCCAUAAUUGAGCUGCUCGCCGACAAAUUCAAGGCCAGCAUUUUCGAGAGGACGAAGGACGGCUCUACGUUGAUGCACAUAGCGUCGCUCAACGGACACUCGGAAUGCGCGACAAUGCUUUUCAAAAAGGGCGUUUAUCUUCACAUGCCAAAUAAAAAGGGAGCCAGGUCGAUCCACACUGCCGCCAAAUAUGGCCACGUGGGCAUUAUCAGUACACUAUUACAGCGGGGAGAAAAGGUCGAUGCCACAACGAACGACAAUUACACGGCUCUGCACAUCGCCGUGGAGAGCGCGAAACCUGCCGUUGUCGAGACUCUUCUGGGUUACGGUGCGGAGGUGCACGUGCGGGGCGGCAAGCUCCGCGAGACACCGCUUCACAUAGCUGCCAGGGUUCCGGAUGGCGACAGGUGCGCGCUUAUGCUGCUCAAGUCUGGCGCGGGUCCAAACCUCGCGACCGACGAUGGCCAGACGCCCGUCCACGUGGCUGCGAGCCACGGCAACCUCGCAGCUCUUAAACUCCUUCUGGAGGAUGGCGGUGACCCCAUGUUCAAGUCGAAGAACGGCGAAACGCCGCUUCAUCUGGCCUGUCGAGGCUGCCGAGCGGAGGUGGUGCCCCAUCUUAUCGAGUUCGUGAGGGAAAAGAAGGGCGCAGAUGUGGCAACGAACUAUGUGAAUAGUUUGACGUUCGAGGGUGCGAGCGCCCUUCACUACGCAGCUCAAAUCGAACCUACGGAAGUGCUGACCCUGGGUGACGACCGAGCCAUCAUUCGGGCGCUGCUCGAGGGUGGCGCCGACGUCUCUAUGCAGACGAAGCAGGCCCAGGAGUCGGCCUUUCACCACUGCGCCCUUGCCGGCAACAACGAGGUCCUCUCGGAAAUGAUCAGCCACAUGUCCGCGACCGAAGUGCAAAAGGCUCUCAAUCGUCAGAGCGCCGUGGGCUGGACGCCGCUGCUCAUCGCAGCUCAUAGGGGCCACAUGGACAUCGUCAACAAUCUCCUGGAGAACCACGCGAGGGUCGAUGUUUUCGAUCUUGAAGGCAGAUCAGCCCUUCACCUUGCCGCUGAACACGGUUACUUGGAGGUCUGCGAUGCGCUUUUGGCCAACAAAGCUUUCAUCAACUCCAAGUCACGAGUGGGACGCACGGCCCUCCACUUGGCCGCGAUGAACGGCAACACACACCUCGUGCGUUUUCUCGUCCAGGACCACGGCGCGGCUAUCGACGUCCUUACGCUCCGAAAACAAACCCCCCUUCAUCUGGCAGCCGGGGCCGGUCAACUACUAGUCUGCAAGCUCCUGCUCGAGCUUGGUGCGAGCAUCGAUGCGACGGAUGACCAGGGCCAGAAGCCCAUUCACGCUGCAGCGAUGAACAAUUACGCGGAGGUCGCCCAGCUUUUUCUACAACGACAUCCCAGUCUCGUAAUGGCUUGCACGAAGGAUGGCAACACGUGCGCCCAUAUCGCCGCGAUGCAAGGCUCGGUACGGGUGAUCGAGGAGCUCAUGAAGUUCGACCGCCAAGGCGUAAUCUCCGCGCGAAACAAACUGACGGAGGCGACGCCUCUGCAACUCGCAGCCGAGGGUGGACACGCGGAGGUCGUUCGGGCGCUGGUGCGGGCCGGAGCUUCGUGUGCCGAUGAGAACAGGGCCGGCUUCACGGCGGUCCACCUCGCGGCGCAGCAUGGCCACGGCCAGGUCCUUGAGGUCAUGAGGUCGUCACAGAGUCUCAGGAUAUCUAGCAAGAAGCUUGGAGUCACCGCGCUGCACGUGGCCGCCUACUUCGGCCAAGCCGACACGGUUCGGGAAUUAUUGACCCACGUCCCCGGCACCGUUAAGUCCGAUCCACCAACCGGAGGUUCCUUGGUUGGGGAACUUGGAAGCGAGUCGGGCAUGACGCCCCUGCAUCUCGCCGCUUACUCCGGCAACGAAAACGUCGUCAGACUGCUUUUGAACUCCGCCGGUGUCCAGGUGGAAGCUGCGACAACGGAGAAUGGUUUCAACCCACUACACCUCGCCUGUUUCGGUGGGCACAUAACGGUCGUCGGGCUCCUCCUUAGCAGAUCCGCGGAGCUCCUCCACAGCGCCGACCGCUACGGUAAAACGGGCCUGCAUAUUGCAGCGACCCACGGUCACUACCAGAUGGUCGAGGUACUGCUGGGCCAGGGCGCUGAGAUCAACGCAACGGACAAGAAUGGCUGGACGCCGUUGCAUUGUGCCGCACGUGCCGGACACCUCGACGUAGUUCAGCUGCUUGUCCAGAGCGGUGCUUCACCCAAAAGCGAGACGAACCUCGGCAGCGCGCCCAUUUGGUUCGCUGCCUCAGAGGGUCACAACGAUGUCCUUAAAUACCUCAUGGAGAAGGAGCACGACACUUACGCUCUCAUGGAGGACAGGCGGUUCGUCUACAAUAUGAUGGUGUGCAGUAAGAGCCAUAACAAUAAACCGAUCGAGGAGUUCGUCCUGGUUUCUCCGGCACCUGUCGAUACAGCCGCCAAAUUGUCCAAUAUUUAUAUGAAGCUCUCGGAAAAGGAAAAGGAACGAGCUAAGGACUUGAUUGCCGCUGGCAAGCAGUGUGAAUCGAUGGCUACGGAGCUUUUAGCCCUGGCAGCGGGAGCAGACUCGGCUGGGCGAAUUCUUACAUCUAUGGAUAGACGUAACGUGGAAUUUCUCGAUGUGCUCAUUGAAAACGAACAAAAGGAAGUGAUUGCGCACACGGUGGUGCAACGCUACCUCCAGGAACUCUGGCGCGGUAGCCUCAACUGGAACGCCUUUCGCACAAUUCUCCUCUUCAUAGUCUUUGUCAUCUGUCCUCCCGUCUGGGUCGUUUUUGCCCUGCCUCUAGGACAUAAGUACAACAACGUGCCCAUCAUCAAAUUUAUGUCCUAUUUGACCUCCCACAUAUAUCUUAUGGUCUUUCUUGCGCUUGUUGGCAUCAUUCCGGUAUACACGGUGAACCGGAAUCCGUUAAUUCCAUAUUGGUACGAGUGGUGUCUAUUGGUGAUGCUGUCGGGUCUACUACUAUUCGAGCUAACGAAUCCGAGCGAUAAGAGUGGCCUCGGCUGGAUCAAGUUGGCGGUGCUGUUGUUCGGCAUCUUCGGCGUGGCCUUUCAUCUUCUCGGCUACUUCAAUAUCGUCAGUGUCGACAACUACGGGACCCUUCUUUACCUAAGGAACCAACUUUUCGCCCUGAGUUUCCUACUGGCUUGUGUUCAAAUUCUCGACUUCCUUUCGUUUCAUCAUCUAUUUGGACCAUGGGCCAUUAUUAUCGGCAAUCUCAUGAAGGACUUGGCAAGAUUCCUCGCUGUAUUGGCGAUAUUCGUUUUUGGCUUCUCCAUGCACUUUGUCGCCCUUAAUCAGGCGUUUAAAGAGAAGUCGAAUAGAGAUACGAAUAAGCAAAAUAAGCCCGCUUUCUCCGAUGAAAUGGUGGCGCAAAAUUUAACCGAGUGGGAAUUGAUUGACGUGAAUAUUCCACCGCCGCCGAUGCCACAUCGCCGCUUUGGACGCUACAAGAAAAAGAACGAAUGUUGCGACGAAAGCACACGAGAUUUGAAAAUGAAUCCCGUGCUCGCUUUCGAGUACCUCUUCUUCGCCGUUUUCGGACAGACAACCCACAGCGAGCUCAAAGUCGAGCAGAACCAACCCGAGUGGACCUCGAGCCUCUUUAAGCUCGCUUUUGGCAUCUACAUGCUGGUGUCGGUCGUUGUAUUGAUCAAUCUCCUCAUCGCCAUGAUGAGUGAUACCUAUCAGAGGAUUCAAGCUCAGUCGGACAUUGAAUGGAAGUAUGGGCUUAGUAAACUUAUACGUAAUAUGCACAGAACGACCACGGCCCCCUCGCCCCUCAACCUCAUCACUACAUGGAUCGUAUACUUCCUCAAGCAGUGUAAGCAGCGCACCGCGAGCAAAAAGCGACCCUCCCUGGUGCACAUGAUGGGACUUCAGAGAGCGGGUCGCAUGUCGCCACGCUCGAAAAUGGGUGCCAAGUGGCUAUCGAAAGUGAAGAAAGUCCAGGUGAGGCCGAACAAGGACAGCAUUACACUAUCGAUCGUCCACCUCAGUCCUCUCGGUAGCCAGCUCUCAUUCAACAGCGCCACGAGAAUCGAGAGCGUUGUCGACUGGGACGCUAUAAGAAAGAAGUAUCUAGCGCUCACCGGUAACGAGCCGGAGAAAGAGCCCGAGAAGGAGGAAAAGGAUAACGAGGAGGAGCAGGAGGGCCACCACCGUGCCUCAACUGGCAAUGCGUUUGCCGUCAGUCCGGGCGGGGCCCAGUCCUCGAUACCGCCCGUCUAGUUACUCCUUAGAGCCCAGCUAAUCCAACUUAUUAGCGCGCGCGUAGUUACAUAGGCACCGAGCACAACGAUCGUCCACGUAGGUUAAGUGUCGAGGAAAAUGUCGAGCUGAGAUCGACCGAUGCGCCAGGCUUAAUGCAAUGCGACUUUAUGAGAAGCGAGAUGAACCCUUGUGUACAAAGAUGAGAGGAGAGCGACGAACUGCACAACACACGCCUACCACGGUUCGGGGUUUUUAAAUUAGAGAGUAAGUAAGUUUUUGACUGAAGGCCGGCUUGCCGUCGCACAGAGAGACAUUUAGAUCGAGAAGCCUGCGCACUUACAAGAUAAUCUCUUAAUAUAUGAAUGCCAACAAUUUUUAAACUCAACAUUAUCAUCGCUCAAGCUCAUCCGAAAGCAUUUUCUGCUUUGGCUUGCGCUCUUCGAUCGUACAUCAUCGUAUGUUUCACACCAUCAAAUCAUAUACAUCACAGCGAUGCUUUCUCGCUAAUUUAUUUGUUAUUAGUGGGGAAUACGCCGUAGGAAUAUACAUUACUUUUAAAAAUAGGUCCCAAAUAGCUCAAUAAAUUCGUAUAAUUUU